AUGAGGCUUAUCACCAAGCAGAUAGCGUCAAUGUCAUUUAAUGACUGUAUGUACUGGGAUGAAAAUGUCGGCGUCAAUGUUAUUCUUUUCGAUCGGAUCAAAAGAGAACGUGACAUCAGACGCAUUCUUCACAUUCCACCAUGCAAAUUCCUACGAGAAAGACGGUUUCUUGUUCUUGAUUAUGCAAAGAUUUUGAAACCGGGCAAUUUCGGUGAUUUACUUCUGGAGCAUAUGCGUACAGGAGGAUUCCGCAUGAAGUUGCUCAAGAAUCUAAAAGCUGAUAUUCUCAGAGAAUCUGGUUUCAAGGCCAUAUUCUCGCAUCGAAUGAUCAUCACCCAGCAUGAAAGCAAACCGGGUGAUGAUUUACUGUCUUCCUGUGAAUUUGCUGGUGACUGCAGGGCAAUCCUUCAGGAUGACGGCAGUAUUCACUGCUCAGACAUGAAAUUAAGUGAUAUAUCCUUAGAAUUCCCUCGCUACUGCUAUGACCUCAAUAUGCGCGACUAUCGAUACGUGUAUGGUUCCUGUCUUAUUCACGAAGAGAGCGAGAAAAAUGGAGUGGUUAAAGUUGAUCUGAAAGAUGGAACUUCGAAAUUAUGGUGCAAAGACGCUGAAGACCACUUAUGCCAUCUGAGGGAGGCCGAUCGCUAG